AUGGCAGCUCCGAGCGCGUCAGCGAUUUCAAAGUUGCACCCGCAACCAAGUGCAGAUGAGUCGACUCUCGCUAAGCUAGGAUAUAAGCAGGAAUUUCGCAGGGAGUUCACUCCACUAGAGGUGGCUGGACUUGCAUUCAGCUUUGUUGGAGUGGUUCCUUCUAUAGCCUCCGUGCUCUUCUAUGCAAUACCAAACGGUGGGCCUGUCGCGAUGGUUUGGGGUUGGGUAUUUGCUUGCCCCUUUAUUAUGUGCACCGGGUUGGCGUUGGCAGAACUCGCAUCAGCAGCACCUACUUCUGGCGGCCUAUACUAUUGGACUUACUCUCUCGCUUCUCCACGAUGCCGCAAUUUUCUGUCUUGGAUAGUUGGCUGUAAGUCCUGCAUUUUGACGCGACAUGCAGCCACUUCCGUAAACUGGGCCUGUGCAAUCCAAAUCACUGCAGCAAUCAGUAUUGCCUCCUCUGACCAGACAUAUACGACUACCAACCAGCAGCUCUAUGGUAUAUAUGCAGCUUUGGGUUUAUCACAAGCUGUCCUCGUAAGCUUCGGUACCAAAGUUUUGGCAAGGUUGCAGAGGCUAUUCACGUCGGUGAAUGCAUGCCUUUGCUUCAUAAUCAUCAUCGCUCUUCCAAUCGCAACGCCACCGGAUUAUCGAAACAGCGCAAAUUUUGCGCUAGGGGAUUUCACUAACCUGGCCGGCUGGCCAUCCGGAUUCGCAUUUAUUUUGAGCUUAAUGGCUCCUCUUUAUACCAUAGGGGGUUAUGAUGCUAGCGUUCACAUGAGCGAGGAGGCCUCAAAUGCCGCUAUGGCUAUCCCAUGGGCAAUAGUCGGUUCUAUUGCCGUAUCAGCUGUCCUUGGUUGCGGAGUCAACAUCUCCCUUGCUUUUUGCAUGGGCACUGAUGUCGGCAGCAUCUUCAAUAGCCCUAUUGGCCAGCCUAUGGCACAAAUCCUAUUCAAUUCGCUCGGGCAGCAAAAGGCCCUGGCUCUAUGGUGUCUCGUUAUUAUAGCGGAGUACAUGGUGGCAUCGAACUGCCUCCUGGUCGGCUCUCGCCAAACGUUUGCAUUUGCUCGUGAUGGAGCCCUGCCUUUUUCACGGUAUUUGUACCGGAUCAAUCGCUACACAGGAACACCCGUCAACACAGUUUGGUUCGAAAUCAUCUGCUCUCUGGCAAUCGGACUUUUGUCGUUCGUAAGCACCCAAGCCAUCGAUGCGGUAUUCACGAUUGCUAUCACCGCGUCGUAUAUCGCCUACAUAACGCCGAUCACGAACCGCUUUGUGUUCCAGAAUGAUUUUAAACCCGGUCCGUUUUAUCUUGGGAAACUGAGCUUUCCGGUCUCUGUGAUCGCUGUGGUGUGGAUGAGUUUCAUGAUAUUUGUUUUCUUCUUUCCCGCGACCCCGCAAACAACGGCCCAGGAGAUGAACUAUACAGUCGUGGUACUUGGAGGGUUUAUGUUUCUAGCGAUUUCCUGGUAUUAUCUUCCGGUGUACGGAGGCGUACAUUGGUACACUGGACCCAUAUCCAACUAUACGCCGGCCAUCAGAGGUGAAAACAAAGACGAAGAUUCUAUAUCGGAGAGGAAGGAACAUGAUGCCGAUAUCUAUGUUUCAGCGCUGGAUGUAUAA